CGAAGCGUAGAGAAAACGCUUGCUAUUAAGAUCGUUGGUUCGUUUGUUUAUUCAACAAGAGGGCAAUUUAUCCACAUUUCGGCACAAGUCCAGGCUUUAAAUACUGGAGCUUCGUGAUGGCGAAGGAUAUACGACCGUUAUUCGGGAGAGGGUUCGUUUCCGUGUUUCUUUUUCUUUCUGCUAUCAUGAACACUGUUUCCACCGUCACCCACUACUCUGUUCCCGAAGAAAUGGAGGAAGGCUCUGUCGUUGCUAAUUUGGCAACUGAUUUAGGAUUAGACGCGAAGACGCUGAAGGGAAGGAAAAUGCGCUUAGACGUUGUAGGCAACAAAAAAUAUCUUGAUAUUAACAAAGACACAGGAGAGCUGUUUAUUCAGGAAAGGAUAGACAGGGAGGUUUUGUGUCCCUUAAAAACAACGACAUACUGUUUUCUUAAAUUAGAUGCAACAAUUGAAAAUCCAAUACGAAUGUUUAACAUCGAGGUGGAAAUUAUCGAUAUUAAUGAUAACGCCCCUCAUUUUCGACGAGGAACGAUGCAUUUGGACAUCUCUGAAUCAAGCCCCAUUGGAGAGAGAUUCUCACUAAACAACGCUGCAGAUCCAGAUGUUGGGACGAAUUCUGUGAAAAAUUACCACCUGAGCUCAAGUGAACACUUUGCGCUUGAAAUUCAGACCGGGAGAGAUGGGUCAAAGUUUGCUGAUUUGAUACUUAAAAAAGCCUUAGACAGAGAGCAGCAGGCUGUUCAUAAUCUAACACUGACUGCUGUGGACGGUGGAGUCCCCACGCGCACAGGUACAGCCAGCAUCAUUGUUCGCGUGCUUGAUGUGAACGACAACGCCCCUUCAUUUGAAAAAGACAGAUACAUCGUAGAUGUGAUGGAAAACUCUCCGAUUGGAAGUCUAGUAAUCAAACUAAACGCCACCGAUUUAGAUGAAGGGUCCAAUUCUGAUAUUGUUUAUUCAUAUAGUUUGUACACAUCAGAGAGAACACAAAAUAUGUUUAACCUGAAUCCAGAAAAUGGUGAAAUCAGAGUGAAAGAGAUGAUUAAUUAUGAAGAUAUUAAACUUUAUGAAAUGGAAAUUAUUGCUGCUGAUAGAGGACAAAACUCUUUAUCUGGACAGUGUAAACUGACAAUACAGGUGACAGAUAUGAACGAUAAUCACCCAGAAAUUUCCAUCAAAUCCUUUCAAAGUCCUAUCAAAGAAAAUGAACAAAUAGACACAGUGAUAGCUGUAGUUAGUGUGAGUGACAAAGACUCAGGUGACAAUGGAGUGGUUGAUCUUCAUAUUCCAGAUAAUAUGCCUUUCAAACUGAGAGAAUCCUCUGAUAACUAUUAUGAAUUAGUGGUGUCAGAGCCGUUAGACCGUGAGAAGGUUCCAGAAUAUGACAUCACUUUCACUGUUACAGACAGAGGUUCUCCUCCUUUAUCUGACAAUGAAACUAUGACUUUAGAGCUGCUGGAUGUUAAUGACAAUGUUCCACAGUUCCCUCAGUCAUUUUCUACUAUACGUGUAAUGGAGAAUAACGCACCUGGGGCCUUGCUCAGUUCACUCACUGCCUUUGACCCUGACCUCCAUGAAAACCAGUAUCUAGUUUAUUUCAUCCUAGAGAAGGAGAUAGCCAACACCUCCAUGUCCAUGCUGUUCUCCAUCAAUCCAGAGAACGGUAAUCUUUACGCACUAAAAACUUUUGACUAUGAGAUCGAGAAGGAGUUUCUUUUCCACAUUGAGGCCAGAGACUCUGGCUCUCCUCCACUCAGCAGUAACGUGACCGUUCACAUCAUUAUUGUGGACCAGAAUGACAACGCUCCGGUUAUUGUCUCUCCGUGGCGCGCACACGGUUCAGUGGUGGAGGAAAAGAUCCCCAGAUCCACAGAUAAAGGCUCUCUGGUUGCCAAGGUGAUAGCCUUAGACACAGACUCGGUGCACAACUCUCGGAUUACCUACCAGUUUCUACAAGUGACUGACGCAACCUUGUUCAGUCUGGACCAAUACAAUGGAGAGAUCCGGACUAUGAGGAUGUUCAGUUACAGAGAUCCGCGCCACCAGAGACUGGUUGUUGUUGCCAAGGACAACGGGGAGCCUGCUCUCUCUGCUACAGUCACCAUCAAGCUGUCCACAGUGGAGACUGCUGUUAAGGCCUACUCUGACAUGACUGAGGUGCCUCUAGAGUAUGACAUCUUCUCAGACCUCAACCUGUACUUGGUGAUCGGUCUGGGCUCAGUGUCAUUUCUCCUGCUCAUCACCAUAUUGGUCACCAUCGUGCUCAAGUGCCAGAAACCCAAACCCAGCAAAGCAGCUCCUCCCUGCAGGAACAGUGUGAUCAGUGAGAGGAACUCCACCAUCGCAGAUUCCACUCUGGUCUCCAACGAUGCCUACUGGUACAGUCUGUUUCUAGCAGAGACCAGGAAAGGAAAGCUGGUGGUCAGACAGCCUGUGCCAAAGGGCUCCAGAUACAUCGUGUCCAGUAUACCAAGAGGCACAGGAGUGACAGACACUAGUGACUCAGCAGCUUCCACUCUGCAGUACCCUAAAUGAGGGAAGUCCACUCUGCAGUUGGAGGCAUCCACCACCAGCAGCAGCAGUUCCACAUAAGGCCACACAACUCCAGCUGCACACUGGAUCUACGCUGACAGGAAAGCUUCACAGAGGAAAGGAGAAACCCCUGUCCCCAACCCCACCCAAUGUCCAUCCUGCUCAGUCUGGUCCCUCUUCUUCACAUUGUGUAGUUGCCAUGUUUUCACACCAAAUGGGCCGAGGUGGCUAAUCAAAGGCCCCCUCCUCCUUUAAGAACAUGAAAAAACAAUCAACAAUGCCUCUCUGUCCAUUAUGCAUGAUAAGGCUGCAUGGCUUCAACCACACUCCAAGACCUUCAUACAAAACAUUUUCAAGGAGACACUCGCAAAGAAACAGACUGUACAAAAAAUUGCACCAGUGGAUAUUCAAAGAAGCCACAACAAGGACUAAAAGAGUGGACAUGGAAAUGUUGAAAUGCCUUUAGGAGACUGUUUUCUCUCUCUAUAAAAGAAACACCUGUUGGAUAUUUCAUUUUUAACCUCUGUGCUUCGUCUUGCUGCACAACAGCAUUGAUGUAUUAUAUAUCAGUUAACUAAGAAGUGAAACAGCACAAUUAACUAAAUGUGAGAAAAGCACCAACCUACGAUUUUUAAGUGUGGAACUAACAGGAAUCAGUGUUUUAUAAGUGUUGUAGCUUUCAGUAGUUUUUUGUUUUGUACUUGACUUUGUGCUUUAUAUGUGAGCUAGGCCUAAAUAUAUGAAUGAGAGUGCUAAGAGAUUAAAUUAAGUUUACCAGUACAUCAAAUAGAAGAGUGAGGCCUUUAGCCAUUAUGUAUCUGCCUUUCAGUUGUUUUUGCAUGGAAUAAUCAAAGUACUUUGAUAAUUUUAGAUAUCUUAUGAUAUUGAGCAAUCCAUUGUCUGCAGUUAGGCAUCAUGGCUUAGUAUUUUUCAAAACAAGAUGGAAGAUUACAUUUUAAUGGGACCACAUUGACAAGUACAAAAGUGUAAUACUUUCUGAAUAAGGUCUUCUAAGAUUUGUAAUUUCAUUACAAGGGUACUCUCAACUUAAACUUAAGUGUACAGUCAGUGUGUAUGAAUGUUAUGUCCACUUGGACAUUAUCGGAGAAAAUGAAUCUAGGUUUUAAAACUGAACACAAUUAAACACAGGUAGUCUUUGCGAAUAGAUAAAUUAAUAUCUCAUUAUAACUACUUUAUAUAGAACACAAACAUUACCAUGUACUUUCACUUUUUUAAAUUUCCAAAGCCAAACUCUGUUUGUUAUUCAUGUUCUGAGACUGUGUAAUAAGUUGAAGAACUGAUCAUGAAGACUUUAUGUUUAUGUUACAAUGUUGAAACAACAUAGUUGUGAUUGAUUUUACUCAAUGAAAGCUGUGCUCAUGUGUAUUACUACUUUAUGUAUCUGUAUAUGCGACACAUAAACAGAGAUACAGACAUGCCUGACAUAUACAGUAUACCAUAUGUCUGUAUCUAUACAUAUGCCUUUCCAUUACAAUAUCAAUGCUGAACUAAAACAGUGUAACUCUUGUGCCAUCAGAUUUAUGGGAUAUCUAGUAUGUGAAACAGUAAAACAUUCAGAAAUCAUGUAGUCAAACUCUUUAGCACAGCUCACAUUGCAUUACUUGUAUAAAGUUGUAAUGUGUUAUGGGAAAACAUAUACAGUAAGUGCUUUUGUACAGUGGUACUUUUAUGGUGCAAUAUGUAGCAAUUUGUGUAAUGUGGGCUGAUUGUGUGCUACGGUCUGGUCUGUAUGAUCUAUUAAACAUAAAAAUAUAGAACGAUAAAGUUAA